AUGGCAGCAGCAGUCUCCAACAUCGUCUUCGACGACAUCUUCACAAUAAACGCAAUCGACAAGGAGGGAAAGAAAUUUGACAGGGUAUCCCGAUUAUACGCUCACUCAAAAAACUACGAGAUGGAUCUAACGCUAGACUAUAACGUCGAACUCCUCCCACUGAAGGUGGAACAAAACUUUGCUUUGGCCUUGUCUACUUCACUGGCUCGAGGACGACCCUCUGGAAACGCGACAGACGCGUCAGGCGACGAUGCCGCGGAGAAUGAGAGAGAUGUGUGGAGACCAGACGGGAAGGGUAGCAGAGGCUUGGAGGAUGAGUACGACUAUGUGAUGUACGGAAAGGUGCGUCCUUCAACACAACAGGCCGUUUUGAGGCUCACUGUUUGCAAGAUCUACAAGUACGACACGGAUAACACUGGAGAGAUUGUGUAA